UGCCAAGACCAUAGAUUUUUAUUUUUUGAGGCCAACGAAGACUAUAGACUCUGAAUCUGUCGGACAAGACCAUCUUGCUGUCUGCUUUCCUUCCACACGGAUUUUCAAAGAGGAAACAUCUUGUGAUCUGCAUAGAUGUUUCAGAUUAAUUCUGCUGAAACAACAAACAAUAGCAUCUUAGUUUCCUAUAUAACCUCCAAUGCUACAAGAUUUUUGUCUCAUAGAAGUUGCUAACAUCCAUUGCUGACAACUACCUAGUCUCACCAAAACAACAGGAAUCUUCAGAGUUCAGAAGCGAACCAGACAGAAACAAUGGAGAAAUCCCCAGCCACUGCAACAUGUCAUUCGGAGCCAUUCCUCCAAGAACAAUGCGGUAUCAUCCUCUUCCUCACCUUCCUCACCUGGUCCAUCUCAAACAUCCAGAGGCUCCUCCCCAGCUCAUGCCGAUCCUGCAACUGCAAACAUAAUCCUGCCCCCAAGGCAACGCCGGCACCGGUUCUCGCUGACACAAAAAUAAUCAAGACAAGGAAUACGAGCGAAGACGAUGAGACGGAGCUGACACAUGAAGAUAUCAAGACCGUGAUGAGAAACAUAGGCUUUGGUUUUGGUCAAGAAAACGGCAUGGUCUUCAUUGGCAAUGGCUUUGUUUCCCGGAUUUUCAACGACGAUGAGCCGAGCUUGCAGGAGGUGAGGCAGGCGUUCUUGGUGUUCGAUGACAACGACGACGGGUACAUCGACGCGUUGGAUUUGCACCGAGUGCUCCGGAGCCUAGGGUUAGGAGAAGGUGUAGGGGUCGAUGAGUGUGAGCAGAUGAUCGCCAGAUACGACGUGAACAAGGACAAGAGGAUAGACCUGGUAGAGUUCACCAAGGUUUUGGAGGCCAGCAUCUGCUGAACCAAUUCCUUUGUGUUGUGUUUGCAUUUUCUAUGUUCCAGCAAAGGGAUUGAUCUUGUGAACAGGAUGUUGAGAUUUGGUUAUGAACAGUGAGAGGCAAAAUGCAGGCAAUUCCUCUGCCUCUACGGGAGAGUUUAUUUUCCUGCAGUAACAUUUUCUCAUCUCAACUUUAGUCACAUUUGAUAAAAAAGAAUAUCUGCUCAAUUCCAUGAAUGCAAAAGCUUUAUCAUUCUGGGGCACAUGUAUAAUGGCAACAAAAAUACAACUAUGGCACAUGACCUUAUCU